AAAUCCUCACAAUGGCUGAGUUGGACAUGGAGUGACAGAGAACACACUGCAGGGUGUGAUGCAACUGGGGAGCCUAUUUGUUUGGUACUUAAAGAAGCUGAGGGUUUCCCUCAAAAUCUGAACAGAAUGAGGAUGCUAAAGAGAGCCUCUGCACUCAUCCUGAGAAGAGGGAUCACAACUUAUCAGAGCAGAUUGUGCAAAAAUGACAGCCUCUUCAGAGUUCAUCCAUCUGUAUCUCAGGCGCUGGCAGAAAACAAACCAGUGGUGGCACUUGAGAGUACUAUUAUCACACAUGGCAUGCCCUAUCCACACAACCUGAGCACAGCAAAGGAGGUGGAGGCAAUAGUGAGAGCUGAAGGAGCCACCCCAGCCACGGUCGGAGUGAUCGAGGGUGAAGUCCAUGUUGGUCUGUCCUCAGAGGUGCUCGACCACCUCGCCCGCUGCAAGAGCUCCCUGAAGGUGUCCCGUCGUGAUCUGCCCUACGUCAUCAGCAAAGGGCUCUCUGGGGGAACAACAGUGUCAGCCACUAUGAUAGCAGCACACCGAGCUGGCAUCCCUGUGUUCGUCACAGGGGGCAUCGGAGGAGUUCACAGAGACGGAGAGAACAGUCUGGACAUCAGUGCAGAUCUGACCGAGCUCGGCAGGACUCCCAUUGCAGUGGUCUCUGCUGGUGUUAAGUCUAUUCUGGACAUCGGUCGGACCCUGGAGUUCCUUGAGACGCAGGGUGUCUGUGUAGCCACUUAUGGAGCGUUGAAGAAUUUCCCAGCCUUCUUCUCUCCACGAAGUGGAUUCACUUCUCCAUACCAAGUCUGCAAUCCUGAGGAAGCUGCAAAACUCAUUGCAAGCACUCUGUCACUGGGUCUCCAAAGUGGUGUACUGUUAGCGGUCCCCAUCGCAGAGGAGCAUGCAGCAACCGGUCAGCAGAUAGAGGAAGCCAUACAGGCGGCGGUAACAGAGGCAAGUGCUAAAGGUAUAACAGGAAGAGACGUGACGCCGUUCAUUCUUCAAAAGGUCAAUGAGCUGACUGAAGGAAAGUCCCUUCAGGCCAACAUUGCUCUCAUUCAUAACAAUGCUAAAGUUGGCAGUCAGAUAGCCUGUGCACUGUCAAAACAAAUGACUGAAAGAAAGUUAAAAGAAAAGACUCAUCAUCAUGGAAAACACUCAGAAUCAGAUAUUGUGAGUAUAAACACGAUGGUCUUGUUUAGUCAAAGAUUGGCACAAUACAGUACCCACAAGGCUGUUCUUUUACAGGUUGUCAUCGGAGGAAUAAAUGUUGAUUUUAUUGCUAAAGGGAAGACAAAAACACUUCAUUUUGGACAGACCAACCCAGGAAGUGUCUGUCAGUCAUUUGGUGGCGUAGGACGGAACAUUGCUGACUCUCUGAGUCGAUUAGGCAUUAGCCUCCUGUUCAUCUCAGCUACUGGAGCUGAUUCACACAGCGAAGCAGUGUUGAACUAUUGUAAACAUAUGAACACAAGUGGUGUGGCCAGGCUCGAAGAGCAAAGCACAGCAACUUACUGUGCUGUUAUCACUGAGAGUGGAGAACUGAGUCUUGGAUUGGGAGACAUGGACAUUCAUCAGCAGAUCACAGAGCAAUAUGUGUCACAGUUUGAGAAGCAGCUUUCAUCAGCCACUCUUGUGUGUCUCGACGGAAACAUUCCCAUCUCCACCAUCGACUAUGUUUGCUCUAUUGCAAAAAAACACAACAUAAAUGUUUGGUAUGAGCCAACGGAUUCAGAAAAGGCUUGUAAGCCUUUCCUGUCAGACGCCUGGAAGUCUCUGUCCUAUUCAUCUCCAAACCUGGCAGAGUUGUGCACCAUGAACAAAACACUGGGUAUCCCAACACCUGAAGUGCUGCCGAGCUCUCUUGAGGAGGUGCUGAGUGUUGCUGUGGCUCUCUCACGCCCCCUACUGGAGCAUCUCCACUGCCUGGUGGUGACUCUGGGGGCUAGUGGAGUGCUGGUGUGCGGAGAGUAUGAUGCAGGCUCGGUCAAUCUGCAGCCAAGAAAACAGAAAAGGAGGAGGAGGCUUUGUGCUGUCCACUACCCAGCACUGACUGUGACAGCAGAGGAGACAAUGAAUGUGUCUGGAGCAGGAGAUAGUCUGGCAGGUGCUUUAAUGGCUGGGAUUCUCCAGCGGCGAGACACAGACAGCUGUGUUCGGAUGGGGCUCCUGGCUGCACGGUUGUCCCUGGCGUCACCGCACCCCAUCGCCCCCACACUCACCUUAGACUCUGUGGAUCCCAACAAAGUCCAGACUCACUGGCCCAAACCCAGCUUCAUGUGGAUAGCUUAAACAUAUUUUUAAAUAAUUUUGAAGCAUUGGUUCUAUUAUGCAUUGGCUUGUUUAUUUUAUCAUUUUUAGCCUUAAUAUUUGUGAUUGGAUUCUUGAAAAAAACAGCAUGUAAAAAAGUGAGUGAGUAAAUGAAUGUAAGCAGAUGACGCGGUUUUAAUAAAAUCAUUUAAUCCAAAUUUUAUUUCAUAAUGAAAUCAAUAUCUAUAAUAAUUGAUAAAUAAAUGAACUAUACCUUUCUUAAGUUCAUGAUUGCAACUCCUUGAUUGCAAGAUGUUUUGAUUUCUCAUAAUAAAAGAAGGUACAUUAUAACAGCAGUGGUGGAGGAAGUACUCGGGUCCUUUUCUAGUAAAAUACUCCAUUACAAAAUUGUAUAGGAUUAUUCUGCUGCUGGUCAAGGUGGGGCUCACUUUAACUACUUAUUGUUUCUUAUUGCUACUUAUUAAUUACUAAACAAUAUUUCCCACUGAAAUGCAGUGGAGUAAGUGCAUAUAGUCACUAUUUAUCACUAAAGGAGGUAACACGAUGGAGAUUGAGCCCUU